GCGCCGUGUUUACAGCAGCAGACUGCGUGUACCUGAGCCUUUAUCCGUCUAAAAACACCACCUAUUUAACUAAAUAUCGACGGGAAACAUCAGAUACGAUCAUUUCUGGACAUUUCCCGGAGAAAAACGCUGGAAAAACGUUCAUUUCCCGCUGAUAUGAGGCUGAAUUACUCCCACCACAACAACGUGAUGAGCGGCUGAAGAGGAGGAGGAGGAGGAGGAGGAGGCUGCGAAACUACAUUUUAUCCUGGAUAUUUCCAAACAAACGUCGUGUAUUUAACACAAAGAGACCAUGCAUUGAUUAAAGAUGCCUCUAAUCUGCCUAGAUACCCUCUUUCCAUCCCGAUUUUAAGGGUUGUUCCCCCCCACUGAGGACCCUCCAGCAGCAGCGGGACGUUGAGCGUUUUUCCCCCAGAAAUGGAGUGCGAAGAUGCGGAUUACAGAGGAAUCCCCGCCGCUAGUGUAACCGCAUUGGUUUCAUUAUACAAACGUUUACAGGGAUAAAACUGGACUAUGAUUUCACAUUUCCUGGCAAGAGGAAUAAGUCGGUGAUUGCAUUUUUUAUUUUUUUGCAUUGGACUCCCUUAGCUACCCUGCAAGCUUGUGUGCAGAAUUAGCUAUUAGCUCCAUUAGCCGGCUAACUGCUAAAAGCUGCAGACUGGAGAUUAAAAAAAAGAGGGGUUUUAUUAUUCCUCUGCAGGUUCUGCGUCACGUUUCCUCCUCUCCACAUAUUUAUUUACAGGAUUUGGGAGGAUUUACGCAUCCAGGAAUGGGGUCUGGUACGGAAUGGAGAGAUUUGACCUUGUUUUGGGGUCUGAUGCUGGGGCUCAUCCUCCGGCCCGCCACCGCAGAGAUCUGCGGCCCCAGCAUCGACAUCGGGAACGACAUCAGUGAGUUCAGGCGUCUGGAGAACUGCACGGUGGUGGAGGGAUACCUGCAGAUCUUGCUCAUUGGCGACAAAAACAACAACAACAUCAACCAGGAGUUCUUCCGCUCGCUCAGCUUCCCAAAGCUCACCAUGGUCACCGACUACCUGCUGCUGUUCCGCGUCUCCGGCCUCGACAGCCUCAGCACGUUGUUUCCAAACCUCGCCGUCAUCCGUGGGCGAAACCUAUUCUACAACUACGCCCUGGUGAUCUUCGAGAUGACCAGUCUGAAGGACAUCGGGCUUCUCAACCUGAGGAACAUCACGAGAGGCGCCAUUCGGAUCGAGAAAAACCCCGAGCUCUGCUACCUGGACUCUGUUGAUUGGUCUCUUAUUCUGGACGCCGAGUUCAACAAUUACAUCGCCGGGAACAAACAGUCGAAGGAAUGCAGCGAUGUUUGUCCGGGCAUCAUGGAGAACAGCCCCCAGUGCAGCAAGACCAUGUUCAACAAUAAUUACAACUACCGCUGCUGGAACUCCAACCACUGCCAGAAAGAGUGUCCAGAGAGGUGUGCACGGCGGGCGUGCACGUUGGAGGGCGAGUGCUGCCACCCUCAGUGUUUGGGCAGCUGUUCUUCCCCCAGCAGCGACACAUCGUGCGCUGCAUGCGUUCAUUAUUUCCACCGGGGGCGCUGCGUGGCCGACUGCCCCCCCGGCACCUUCAGGUUCGAGGGCUGGAGGUGCAUCAGCGCUGAACUCUGCUCCAAAGUCCACCUGCCCGACUCCAACAGCUUCUACAUCCAUGACGGGGAGUGCAUGACCGAGUGUCCGAGCGGGUACAUGCCCAAAACCCCCAGCAGCAUGUACUGCAAAGCCUGCGAUGGUCUGUGUGAUAAAGUGUGUGAGGAGAAGGUCAUCGACUCCAUGGACGCUGCUCAGUCUCUGAAGGGAUGCACCGUCAUCCAGGGGAACCUGCACAUCAACAUCAGGAGGGGCCACAACAUUGUGGCGGAGCUGGAGAGUUUCACCGGGUUGAUCCAGAGGGUGACGGGGAACGUGAGGAUCAGACACUCACACACUCUGACAUCACUGGCAUUCCUGCGCAGCCUGAAACACAUCGAGGGGAGAGAGCUGCUGGACGACAUGUACGCCUUUGUUGCCGUGGACAACCAGCAGCUCCAGUAUCUAUGGGACUGGAAGCAGCACAACCUGAGCAUCUCGGCGGGAAAACUGUUCUUCAGAGCAAACCCCAAACUCUGCAUGUCUGAGAUACGAAAGAUGUGGAACAAGACGGGCAUUCAGGGACACUUUGAAGAGAGUGACUUCAGGAACAAUGGAGACAGAGCCAGCUGUGAAAGCACCAUCCUGAGGUUUAAGUCCAACAGCACCAUGAGCACGAGGAUCAAACUGACCUGGCAGCGGUACCGCCCGACGGACUUCAGAGACCUCAUCAGCUUCAUCGUGUACUACAAGGAGGCACCCUUCCAGAACAUCACGGAGUUCGAGGGUCAGGACGGCUGCGGCUCGAACAGCUGGAACAUGGUGGACGUGGAGCUGCGCCCGGACAAAGACUCGGACCCCGGGGUGCUGCUCUCCGCCCUGAAGCCCUGGACGCAGUACGCCGUGUUCGUCAAGGCCAUCACGCUCAAAGUGGACGACAAACACCUCAGCGCCAAGAGCAAGGUGGUCUACAUCCGCACCAGCCCCUCAGCGCCCUCCAUGCCUCAGGAUGUGAGAGCGUACUCUAACUCCUCCACCCAGCUGGUGGUCCGAUGGUCUCCUCCCAUCGCUCCCAAUGGAAACCAGACGUAUUACCUGGUGAGGUGGCAGCAGCAGCCUGAAGACAGAGAGCUGUACCAGCACAACUACUGCUCCAAAGAGCUGAAGAUCCCCAUCAGGAUCGCAGCAGUGGGAGUGGGGGAUCAGGAGGAAGACCCUCUGAAACCCACUAAACCAGACUCUGAGGGCCCGGAGAAAGGCCCCUGCUGCCCCUGCCCCAAAUCAGUGGAGGACCUCGAGGCCGAGGCCGCGGACGCCUCCUACAGGAAGGUGUUCGAGAACUUCCUGCACAACUCCAUCUUCACCCCGAGACCAGCGGAUCGUAAACGCAGAGAUCUUUUCGGUGUCGCAAACUCGACUCACUCUCGUCGCAACCGCCUCCUUUUCUCCAACACCUCUUCCUCCUCUCCUCCUCCUCCUCUCUCUCCUCCGAACGCUGGCAGUAACAGCAGCUCGACGGACGCUGAUCCGGCAGAGAAAGAGUUUGACUUCGUGGAGCAGGCGGUGGACGAGCGCGAGCUGCAGAUCUUCGGCCUCCAGCCGUUCACCGUCUACAGAAUCGAUAUCCACGCCUGCAACCGGCAGGUCCAACGCUGCAGCGCCGCUGAGUUCGUGUUCUCCAGAACCAAACCAGCAGAGAAAGCGGAUGAUGUCCCCGGGCCGGUGUCCUGGGAGGGUCAGGAGGAGGACUGGGUGUUCCUGCGCUGGCCUGAGCCCCUCCGUCCCAACGGACUCAUCCUCAUGUACGAGAUCAAGUUCAAACUGGCUGCGGAGGCGGAGAAGCACGAGUGUGUGUCCGGUCAGACGUAUCAGAGCCAGCGAGGCGUCAAGCUGUCCAACCUCAGUCCAGGAAACUAUUCCAUCAGAGUGAGAGCGACGUCUCUGGCAGGAAACGGAUCCUGGACUCCGGCUGUGGAUCUCUACGUGGCUGAGAGAUAUGAGAACUUUCUUUACGCCAUGAUCUUUGUUCCCAUCGUCAUCAUCCUCCUCAUCUGCCUCCUGGUCUCCAUGCUGGUGGUCUUCAACAAGAAAAGGAACAGCGACCGGCUUGGAAACGGAGUCCUUUACGCCUCCGUCAACCCGGAGUACUUCAGCGCCGCAGAAAUGUACGUUCCAGACGAGUGGGAGGUGGCCCGGGAGAAGAUCGUUCUGAACAGAGAGUUGGGUCAGGGAUCCUUCGGGAUGGUUUACGAAGGUUUAGCUAAAGGCGUGGUGAAAGACGAGUCAGAGACACGCGUCGCCAUCAAGACGGUCAACGAGUCUGCCAGCAUGAGGGAGAGGAUCGAGUUCCUAAACGAGGCCUCCGUCAUGAAGGAGUUCAACUGUCACCACGUGGUGCGUCUGCUGGGCGUUGUCUCUCAGGGCCAACCCACGCUGGUGAUCAUGGAGCUGAUGACCAAAGGAGAUCUGAAGAGUUACCUGCGCUCAAUGAGACCCAAAGACACACAGUGGACCAGCCUGUCUCUCCCUCCUCUGAAGAAGAUGCUUCAGAUGGCGGGGCAGAUCGCAGACGGCAUGGCGUACCUCAACGCCAACAAGUUCGUGCACAGAGACCUGGCAGCGAGGAACUGCAUGGUGGCCGAGGACUUCACCGUCAAGAUCGGAGACUUCGGCAUGACGAGAGACAUCUAUGAGACGGAUUAUUACAGAAAAGGAGGUAAAGGUCUGCUUCCUGUUCGCUGGAUGUCCCCAGAAUCUCUGAAGGACGGAGUGUUCACCACCACCUCUGACGUCUGGUCUUUUGGAGUCGUGCUCUGGGAGGUUUCCACCCUGGCGGAGCAGCCGUAUCAGGGUCUGUCCAACGAGCAGGUUCUACGCUUCGUGAUGGAGGGGGGGCUGCUGGAGAAACCCCAGUGCUGUCCUGACUUGCUGUUUGAGAUGAUGCGGAUGUGUUGGCAGUACAACCCUAAGAUGCGUCCGGCCUUCGUGGAGAUCAUCGGCUCUCUGAAGGACGAACUGGACCCCUCCUUCAUAGAUUCCAGCUUCUUCUACAGCGCCGACAACAAACCGCCCGACGCCCCCUCGCCACCUCACCUGGAAAACGCCGCCAUCUUGGAAGUCGUUCCUCUGGAGCCUGCUGCCUCUUCCUCCUCCUCUUCCUCACAGCAGACCCCCCAACAACAGACGCCACCUUCCCCGAAAACAGAGGCUCCUCCUGGGCCUUCGUUAGCUCCAAGUUCCCCUCCUUCCUCCCCUCCUUCCUCCCCUCCUUCCUCUCCACCUUGUACGUCUAGCGCCUCAUUGGACAAGCAGGCAAUCGGACAGCAGCAGGCGGCCAAUGGGCUGUCGGGGGCGGGACUAACGGCGUCAUUGGAUGAACUUCCUGCGUACGCUCACAUGAACGGAGGACGAAAAAACGAGCGAGCGAUGCCCCUCCCCCAAUCCUCCGCCUGCUGAACAACCCUCUAAACAUUUCUUUUGUUUUAAUACAACGUCCACCAGCUGGAAGGUGGAGUCACUACAGUUCACUGUACCUCUUUAUCCCCCCUUUUUUCAUAUUUUUGGUUUCGUCCCGCUGGCUGUCACGUGACACUGCCCUCGCUGCUGAGUGGGACAAACCAAAACAAGAAGGGGGGUAACAGAAAGGAAAUGUAAAGAGGGGUUGUUUCUCCCUUCUCUCUUUAUGGCUGAACUUAUUUUAUAAAUUGUCGUUUGUUACUUUUUUUACAUGUAUUUUCAAAUGACGGAGAACAAAGGCCUUUGUCGAUGACCGGCGUUUUUGGGCGGGCAUUAACGGUGUAACUGUUGCAUAUCUUAAUGAAGAAGCACUUCAGCGUCUCCAGAGAACAAACAAACAACCACAGGGACGAAAAAAAACAAAAGAUCAAAUCUGUUGCCAAAUUUGUUGCCAAAAUUGUACUUUUUGUAAAAUUCUUUCUUCUGUAGUUUUGCUCUGAAAAAAAUGUCCAACACACCAGAUCAAAAACAAGCGCUUUGAUUUGGUUCUAGGCGAUAUUAAAACCAGUGAUCCAAGGGGUAAUUCACACGCCUAAAGACUAUUUGUUUAUCAAUUACUCACCUGUGUUACCUUGGACUUCAUUCGUUAUUCUGCACACCUCCACGGUGAACGACGAGUAAACAAUGUUUGAUAUUUCUUGAUGGAUUGUAGUAAAAUUGGGCGGCAAAGCAUCUGUUUCCUACACAACUCGUGCACUAUUAUCUAAGUCUUUAUUUUAAACCCUUGCGUUAGUGAGCAAACAAAUCAAAGCAAUCAUCCAUGUGUUUAGUGAGCAAACAAAUGGAUAUAUUGUUACAAAAUAUAUAUUUAAAUUGUAGUUUUCCUAUCUAGUCAGAAGGAAAUUACGACAUCUUGCUUGUUUUGUACAACGCAUUAUUCUAUGUAGACCCUACAAAAUGAUACCUAAAUAUAGACUAAUAUAACUGAGUUUGUACAUUUAUAAACCGAUGUUUGGAUGUACUUUGCUGUCGUUAGAUACCGCCCCCGUUUACUUCAAUUUAUCAAGAAUGUUCACAAAUGUUGAUAUUUUUUUUAACCAUAAAAGCAAGUUAAGAAAAAUGCAAUGUAAUUCAAGAAUUGAAAAUAACAAAGGGUGAUUGAUUGAUACCUGAAUGAUCACUUUGUGGGUGAAUUGUCCUUAACUUCCCUCUACAGUCCUUCGCUGCUCCUCCACUGCGGUUUGCACGGGAGAGGAUGAGGGCCACGUGUUCGUUUGUCUUUCUGACCAAAAGGGAUUUUAUGUUUUUCUUUAAAGACAGACAUUUUUUUCAGAAAAAUAAAUAACAAAUUCAGAAAUAGAAAAUAAAUUUUUUAAUGUGACAAUUCACGGAAAAGAAAUUAAGAUUUUGAGAAGAAAACAAAUGUUGGGUAAAAAUUCUAAAUUUGAGAAAGAAAAUCAAAAUUUCGGGGAAAAAAAUCAAGAUUUCUGGAAAAGUCAGAUUUCUGAGAAAAUUUUUUCAACAUCAAAUCAGAAAAGCAGUUAAAUAAAAUGCAUCCUUGAAGCUCGGACUGUGGAUGGAAGCUCGUAGAGAAGAAAUCGGAUAUAAACUCAACUAAAAACGUCUCUUGAUCAAAGUUGUGUAUAAAACCCAGACUACUAUGGAGCAUCUGUGCAGGCGCUUUCGUUUCGUGUCACUUUUGUACGUUUUUCUACGGUCGGAGUUCAUUCAUCAUGUACAGAAAGAAGCUGCUAUUUCUCUUGUGGUUGUAAUAUAUCUAUAUAUAUAUAUAUAUAAGAAGAGAAAACACUCCUUCAGGUCUGAUCGACGAACGUUUCCUCCACACUCUUUUAUUCAUGUGUUUCUGAGCUGGAUUUCAUUUCUGUGUUUGAGGUACGACAGAUUUUCUCUCAUCUGACUGAGUUCAAAGAGGAAAGUUCAAUAUUCAUCUCUUUUUUGGUCUGCUGUCAGUCUCAGAGUAUUUCACCCUCGUGCGUGCGUGCCGGUCGCUGUUUGUUCGAUUUCAUUUUCUUUCAAAGUAGAGCAUGCAAGAGAACAGUUUCAACAAAAAAAGAAGCAGAAACCAGAACAGGAUUUCCAGUUGUGUAUUAAUGUUUGGAGCCGAAACACUGACAAAAUCAAGUUAAUAGACGAGUUAAAACUCAAUAUAUCAAUACAUUAUAUUGUUGUUUACUUAACAUGGAGCGUAAAACAUCAUUUAAGGCGUCAUACUUUUUUCUUGCCUCCAUUUAAAUUGAAAUAUGACAGCGUAUAGGAGCCAUUUUAGGUACAACUGCAUUUAAAGGAGCCGGGCAAAAGUGGGUAAUCUUAGUCGAAUAUGCUUUAUUUGUUUGACCUAAAAUGACCCUAAUGCAGCAUUGUUAAGAACUGAUUUGGGCAGAAAAAGCUUACAUUUCGUCACUUAACUUGAAGUAGUAUUAUUAAUUGUUGACGACGGUAAUAUUUUGGACUUGUCUGGUAACUUUUUACACAUCUCUGUCAGUGUCAGGGCUCCAUAUGUUGACAUCAAACUACAAAUGAAUGCAGAAUAUACGGUUUAUUACAUUUUCAACGAGCCUUAACGUCUUAGUGUUCUGAAGACAGAAACUGAAACCAGUCUUGGAUCAUUUCCCGUUCUGCUCAUCAACCUCUCUGUUGAUUUACGGCUGGUUUUCUUCAGUAUCUCACAUUAUUGAUCUCGUUCUCUACAAACAUCUUGGUCGAUUGCAGAGGUCGAGAAAAUCUGAGAUUAUCUGACGGCACUCUGAGUUUUAUUCAACGCUUUAAGUCAAAUAAGAUGUCACCUUAAAGACGUUAACAAUGCUCUUACGGCUCUACUCUACUAUCGAAACACUAACUAUGAAAAUCAGAAACACACGUUAUGUGACGUGACUGAAGCUUCAGACGGUUUACUGAAGAAACAUGAAGACGGGUAGAUCAGAGAGGACCACAAAGGCGUGUUUGGUUAUUUCUCUUAUUAUUUCUGAGUGUAAAUCACUGUACAAACCCCCACUGAUUGUUCGUCCUCCAUCUUUGUGUUCUGUUGCUGUUUUCGGGGGAAGGUCUUGUUGUUUCUUCAGACAUCCAUCUACCUCACUUUGUCUUUCCUUUCCUACUCCAUCUAUCUCCGCGCUGUUUCUACGUUUGAAUCCAGACACAGGUCGUUGCUGGUAGAAAAUGUACUUUUAUUGUGCAGAUAAUCAACAAAACAACAACAACAACAACAACACGGCUUCCUGUUUGCAAAGAAGACAUGUUGCCCAGAUGUGGCGUUGUUAAGCAUUUCAUAAGACAUGCAGGAAUCCACACCUAGUUAUUAACAUGUGCAUUUAAGUUGCUCUGCAUCCAAUUCACUUCCAAAACACUCACUUCUGUUCUGAAGGUGUUUCCCAAAUCGUCAAAGACUCUUCGAAUGGAUGCAAAACAAUGUCUUCUCUCGCACGUGAAAGCGAUCUUUAAAUUGUAUUUUUCCUUUUUAUUUACACAGAAAUUGAUGCGAAUGCGACAUAUCUUCUUGCUUGUUUUGUACAACACCUUAUCCUAUGUUCCAAAUAUAAGAUAACGUAAAUAUAGCCAAGGAUAAUCCGGAGAAAGACGGAGACAAACGGGUUUUAAAGACAAAUAUUGGAUGCUUAGCUUAUGUGAUGGCACAAAAUACGGGGCUAGAAAGUGUAAUAAUGUUCCUUCUCUUAAAGCAGGAGGCGAUUUACUGACGAAUAUCAUUUUUUCUGCUUCAGGCAGGUGUCUCUUUAUAUUUUUUCGACACGUAAAAAAAGCAAUUGGAGGAAAAGUUAUACACGACUGCAAAUGACCAGCUUUUUCUAAAUAUUUGUAAUUUAACAGUUUAAUUUCCACGAGUUAUUGUUCGUUAUUUUCGGGACAUUUACACAACAACAAUUCACGACAUUACCGGUAACAUUGAAAGUCAUCCCAACGCUAAUAGGCUUUAGAUUUCACAGCAAAAUGUUUGUUUCUCAUCAUUUACGAGUACAUUUAACGCUGCGUUCUGUAUUUAUUCCUCUUUACUGCCAUUAUGGGCGCUGCUCUUCUGCAUAAAGGCGUGUAGUUUGUUAUCUGACGGUUAUUUAAGUGUUUUGAUCUGAUCUUUGUCUCACUUUUACCACUGGACCCCCGCAGAGUUGACUUAAAAUCCAACUUGUUUGUUUCUUUUCCAUCUUGUUUUUGUGUUGUGUCGAUGGCCAAUGUGUGUCCAUGUUUUGAUAAGUUAUUCACGGCCAUCCAGCUCAGAUGUGUUAGAUUGAUUUUUGGGUUUUUAUUUUUCGUACGUAAGCUGUUCUAAGAUUAUGUUUUUGUUCCUGUUAUCAAUAUAUUCUGAUGAGUGCGUACUGGGAAACACUGAUUGGCUGAAGGAAAAAGAGAAUGUGUUUUUUCUCUGGUUCUUUUUUUUUCUACACAAGAUUUAAGAUGAAUAAAAAUGUAUGCAAACUGCU